AUGGCAGAACAACGCGCAGCAUCGACCUCCUACGCCCUCUUUCUUGCAAUGCUCUGGCGCUGGCUUAACUGGAUAUGGCUCUACUUGCCAUUCGUACGCUUUCUUUCUGACGCACCUUACCCCGAACAGCGACCCGAGGAUGUCGGCUUGCCUCUCAAGAUCAGGGAGGAGGAUGUCAGCGUCCAGGACUUACCAGGUGAGGAGGACGCAGAGGGAGUGUGGGACUACAUCGUCGGAGGAGGUGGAACCUCAGGCUGCGCCCUCGCUUCCCGCCUCUCUGAAACCCCUGGAAUCCGUGUCCUCCUCCUCGAACGUGGUCCAGUGGGGGACAACUUCCUCUCCCGUGUCCCUCUGAUCAGUACGAACUUUGCACGUGCCAACUCGCCGAACUACCGCUGGCUCCCCCAGAGCUCUAUGCUCGACCAGGGAAGCGAAGGGAAGGGUGGGAAGAAAGGGGGCAAAGCGGAUAUGGCGAUGGUUAGUGGGAAAGUGCUCGGUGGGACGAGCAGGAUCAACAGUAUGCUGUAUACGAGGGGCGCAGGGGAGUGGGAAGCGAUGGCCCGUGCAGGGAGAAAAGGAUGGUCCUUCAACGACGUCUAUCCCUACUUCCUCAAAUCUGAGCGUGCGCUAGGUCCCAUGUCCCUCCGCCCUGGACACGGCCUAACGGGCCUGUGGCAGACCCGGGCAUACGGACACUAUCUCCUGCCUUCAUACAACCCCUGUGUUUCUGCAGCGCAAUCCGUCGGCUUGCCGUUUAUCAAGGACCUUAACGCUCCCCAACGAGCGCCAUACGGUGUGGGAGACGUUGAUGUUAGUAUGGAUGACAAGGGACGGAGAUGCUCGGCCUAUUCCGCGUUUGUCCCUGCGGAACUGGUGCUGGAGAGGAAGGACAGGUUCGCAGUGUGUACCGAGACACUUGCACGGAAGAUCGUCUUCCAGGACACGGAUCAAGGACCACGGGCUGUUGGGCUGGUGAUUGAAGAUGAGGACGAAGAGCGGGCCAAGGAGAAGGGAAGGUUUGUCGUCAGAGCGAGGAGGGAGGUCAUAUUGUGCGGAGGGGCAAUCGGUAGCCCGCAACUGCUGCAGUUGAGCGGCGUCGGCCCUGCCGAAUUCCUCAAAGAGAAGGGGGUAAAGGUCGUCAAGGACCUGCCUGGCGUGGGGGAGCACCUGCAAGACCAUUUCGGCGCCUCGGUACAGUACCUCACUCCCCUGACUCACUCCUUCCACGCCCUCGAGCACGCCUUCUACGCCAUCCGCCAUAUCCUCCACUACAUCCUUUUCGGCGCCGGCAUCUUCCUCGCUCCCAUUGUCCAAAUCUCGAUAUUUACCAAAUCCAGCACUAUUUCUCCCGUAGACGGGAGGUGCACCGCGUCCAAGCUGAUAGGGGAAAGCGCGCUCAACCCAGAGAACGUCCCUGAUGUGGAGAUAAUGCCUAUCCCUGCUGGUCUCUCCGUCCCUCCCCCUCCCGGCCAAGGGGGGUUCUCUUUCCUCACCGUGCUGGCAACGCCUUUUUCCUUCGGCCGGGUACGGCUCGCGAGCACAGACCCGCGCCAGAGGCCGGCGUGCGAUCUGGGAGUGUUGAGUGACGAGAGGGACUGGGCUGUUAUCCGCGUUGGCUUGAAGCUCAGUCUCGCCCUUGCGGGGGAGAUGAAGAGCCAGGGAUAUGCGCUGAAAGACCAGUGUGUGCUCCCCAUGGACGCGAACGAGGAAGAAGUGAAGGCAUUCGUGAGAAGGCAGGGGAGGACGACGUAUCAUUAUUCCUCUACAUGCCGGAUGGCCCCUGAAGCAGGGGAUGGGGACGGACCCGGAGUGGUGGACGACGAGCUGCGCGUGCAUGGAGUGCUGGGCUUGAGAGUUGCAGACGCGAGCAUCUUUCCGAAGAUUUUGAGCGUGCAUCUUCAGGCGCCGUGUGUGAUGGUAGGCGAGAAAUGUGCGGAUAUGAUCAAGAAGAGUUGGGGGGAUCUGAAGGACUGAAGUAGAAUGGAUGCUGUUGGAUCAUCGUUGCACCUCUCACUCGGUAGAUCUGUUUAAC